UUGGUCCAAAUUACUCGCCGCGACACCCUCGACCUCACAGCGAUCAACAACAUCACUGGCGGCGGCUACUAUUCCGAAGUGGAAGUGGGCACCCCCGGCCAGAAGAUGCUGCUGCACCUUGACACGGGGAGCAGCGACACUUGGAUUUUGCACAAACAGGCGGACCUCUGUAAUAGUCAACGGUUGCAAAGAACGUACAGCACCGGCUGCACGAGGACCUUCGACGCGGACGAGAGCUCGACUUACAAAGUCGUCUCGAGGAAUAGCUUCGAUAUCACAUAUCUCGACGGCAAGAACAUCAAAGGCGACUAUAUCUCAGACACCAUCAGCGUCAAUGGGAAGAAGGUCUCGAACCAGCAGUUGGGCCUGGCGAUACACACCGUAAAGGGCUCGGGCUUGCUAGGCUUGGGGUUUUCGACGGGGUUAUCAACACGACGCAGUUAUCCCACCGUCCUUGACAACAUGGUGUCACAGAAACUGAUCGGUCGGAAAGCCUUCAGCCUAUGGUUGAACGACUUAUCGUCAUCAGAAGGAACUGUACUAUUCGGUGGCAUCGACACGGAAAAAUACCUUGGGUCGCUUACUACCCUGCCACUCGUGGAAGACUUCCACUCCGAGCGCAUGACCAGCUACAGUGUAGCCAUGACUGGCGUUUCCAUCGAGGCUCCUGAUGGGAAGGUGACACAGGCGGGACCGCAGUCUUUCAACGCCUCAACGGUGCUCGAUUCAGGCUCUACGGUAUGCCUGCUUCCGGACAAGAUGACCAAACAAAUCUGGGCCAAAUUUGACGUGGUCGAUGCGGGCUAUGGCUUCAUCGACUGCAAGUGGAGAGGAGCUGACGGCGACAACUACUUCAUCGACUUCGAAUUCGACGGUGUUACGAUCCGAGUUCCGCUGGAGGAGAUGGUCCUCGACAACCUCGACCCGAUCAUGGACCAGCUGGACGGUCUUCUCCCGUUCGACAACCCCUGCAUGUUCGGCAUCCAAAGCAACGCCGCCUUCGGCGUCACAAGCAGUGGCUUCGCUCUGCUGGGGGACACGUUUCUGCGAAGCGCGUACGUGGUGUACGACGAGAUCAACCAUCAAGUCGGCAUCGCCCAAGCGAACAUAAACUCGACCCGCUCCAACAUCAUCGAGUUGCGCGCAGAUGAAACGGCAUUGCCGACGGCGACCGGCGUCGCUACCCAGGUAUCGACUCCAGCUCCGACGAGGACUCCGACGAGGGCCGCCGAACCGAAUCGCCCUGAGGAGACUUCUAUUCCGGUGACCCCGACACCAACAGACCUACAAAACGGUGCAUCUCGGUCCGGCACAGCACGGAUGGGAUCUAAUGAGGUCGUAAUGAUGGCACUUACAUCGAUAUUUGCCGUGUUUGGUGCAGCGCUUCUGGCUGCUUGA